GACCGCAAGGCGCGAAAUGAGUAUCCAAACUCUGUUACCGUCUUUUCAGGGAUUUUAAUAACCAAAAAUUUAGCAUCUAACCACCUUAAGAACAAAACUCCAUGAUCCAUUCCCAGUUUCAGCUUAGAAUUCAGUAGUAAACCAGUCGUAAGCGACAGCAAUGGAUAAUCAGGAUAUAGAUGCACUGCAGCGACUAGUUCCAAAGCUUGUGAACGACCCGACCCUCCUGUCUGAUCCUCUUAUCGACUUUUUCUGUGAUUACAUCGAAAGUCUUGGAGGGAAGAUUCCAGAAUCUGCGUGGGAAACUGAAGCGGGAACACAAAACUCUUGGGCGGUUGAUACUUGUAACUAUAUCGAUGAGGCAAAGGAUAAGACUGAAUCAUCCAACGUAGAAGAAGAAGAAGAAGAAGAAGAAGAAGAAGAAGAAGAAGAAGAAGAAGAAGAAGAACAGCCAGAGAUUGUAGAGUCUGACAUUGAACUUGAUGAGAGCUAUGUCGUGGAGCCUGACAACGAUCGUCCACAGAAGAUGGGAGAUUCCUCCAUUGAGGUUACUGAAGAAAACAGGAAUGCUUCUCAAGAGGCUGAGAUUCAGGCUAUGAAAGCAAUAUAUGAAGAUAAGCUUGAAGAAGCGGUUGAGCAUCUCACUAUGGCAAUUCUGCUUAACCCUAAAUCAGCCAUCGUGUAUGAAACUAGAGCUAGUGUAUAUAUCAAGAUGAAGAAACCAAAUGCUGCUACUCGAGAUGCAAUUGCAGCUCUGAAGAUCAAUCCAAAUUCUGCUAAAGGGUACAAAUCUCGUGGCAUAGCACAAGCAAUGCUUGGCCAAUGGGAAGAGGCUGUGAAGGAUCUUCACAAGGCGUCAAAGCUGGACUACGACGAGGAAAUCAUUGUGGCACUUGAAAAGGUUUGGUCCAAUGCACAUAAAGUUGAGGAACACCGGCGAAAAUAUGAAAGGCUUCGCAGAGAGGAAAGGUACAAAAAAUUUGAGCGUAAUCAAGUGCGCCGCCGGUUCCAGGCUCGGGCUGCAUAUCUGAAGGAUAAGAAUCAAGAACAGUCUUCGCCAAGUGGAAGUCAGGGUGGCAUGCUAGGGGGAUUUACUGAGUACAACAAAAAUGACGCUGAAUUGAUGGCAACAUUCAAUGAUCCAGAAGUGAUUGGUGCUCUUCUAGACGUAAUGGUGAACCCUGCUAGUCUAGCAAAGCAUCAAGCAAGUCCCAAAGUGGCUGCGGUUAUUUCAACUAUUUUGACGAAAUUUUUAGGACUAAGGUGAAGCUAUUAGUGUGAAUGAGAGUAAUACUUUGAGUCAGAAAUGUGAUUUACCUUUGUCAUUCUUAUACCAUGUUUAGUUCAACCAUUUUGUACAGCAGGAUUUUAUGACGUUCACAAUUGACAAACUAGAGAAAUUCAGUUUGAUA